ACAGAAUCUCUGACAGACCUGUAGCUUGCAACCCCCUCUUGAAGCACAACUGCAGUUUGUCGCCUUGUGGGGACAUUCGCCACAUAUCUCAGGCAGACGUUCUUGUGAAAAUAUAGAAACUAGAAAUUUCGCUGCCAAACCAGUUCCAUACAGUAAGAAGAUGAGCUCUAUGCACCAGAUUGAUGCCGUGGCUCCAACGAGACGAGCCGUCAGAGUUCUCGUUGCGUUUUCACUGUUUGCGACUUCGUAUUUGUGUUUCGGACAGAUUGACCCGUUGGUGUAUGACGAGCAGCUGCUGUGGGUGGGGGGCGGGGCCGGCCAGGUGAACACCUACAGGAUCCCCCUGCUCAGCUUCACGCCCCGGGGCAGUCUGCUGGCCUUCUCCGAGGCCCGGAAGGGCUCCUCUCGGGACAUCGGGGCCAAAUUCAUCGCCUUGCGCCGCUCCACUGACCGAGGGGCCACCUGGUCCCCCACCUCCUUCAUCGUGGACGACGGCUCGCUGGCGGACGGGCUGAACCUGGGCUCCGUGGUGGUGGACGAGCAGGCGGACACGGUGAUCCUGCUGUACUCCGUCUGCUUCCACCGCUACCACUGCAGCCCCUCCAGCACCAUGAUGGUGCUCAGCGCCGACGACGGCCUCACCUGGUGCCCCCCCCGGAACCUGUCCACACAGCUGGGCGUCAAGAGCUUCGCCCCGGGCCCUGGCUUCGGCAUCCAGAAACGCUACCCCCCCGCGGUGGGCCGUCUGGUGGUGUGUGGGCACGGCACGCUGGAUGGGAACGGGGUGUUCUGCGUGCUGAGCGACGAUCACGGCCUGUCCUGGAGGUACGGCGCCAUGCUGAAGAGCAUCCCCUACAACCAGCCCAAGAAGGACCUGGACUUCGACCCGGAUGAGUGCCAGCCGGUGGAGCUGGAGGACGGCAGCAUCGUGGUGAACGCCCGCAACCAGAACAACUACCACUGCCGCUGCCGUAUGGUGGUGCGCAGCACGGACGGCGGGGAGACGCUGCCCCUGGAGAACCUGGUCUUCGACACCACGCUGGUGGACCCUGCCGUGGCGGCCGGGGCCCUGCAGAAAGAGGGGGUCAUGUUCUUUACCAACCCCGCCAGCACGCAGCACAGAGUGAACCUCACUCUUCGCUGGUCUCUGACCAACGGCUCGUCCUGGGAGAAGGAGGCGGUGCAGAUAUGGGCGGGGCCCAGCGGGUACUCUUCCAUGACAUCACUGGUGGGCGCGACCACGGAGGACAAGAAGUACAUCUACGUCAUCUACGAGAAGGGCCACAAGACCUCCAUCGAGAUGGUCUCCUUCGCCAAGAUUCACCUGUACGGGGGCAGGUAGAGGAGCUCCUGCAGGACACAGCGGACCGGAUGAGUGCUGGGAUGGCCCUGGGUGGCACUUUGAGCCUUAAACACGAGCUGAAGCCAAAAUUCACUCCUUCAGUCAAUUCUUCACAAUCACACAAACACGUCUUAAACCUAGAAAUUCCGUCAAAUUAAUACAUUUGUAAUACUUGCGUAUUUCCACACCAACGCUUUUUUUUCUUUUCAUCCACUCAUCCAAAAUAAUAAUAACAGAAUAAUUCAUAAAAAGAUUCAGAAUAAGAUUCAUAAGAUCAAGUACCAGUUUUAAAUGGUAAAUGGCAAAUGGUUGGCAUUUAUAUAGUGCCUUUAUCUAAAGCGCUGUAGAAAUUCAUACUUCUCAUUCACCCAUUCAUACACACACUCACACACCAAUGGCGAUUGGCUGCCAUGCAAGGCCCCGACCAGCUCAUCAGGAGCAUUUGGGGGUUAGGUGUCUUGCUCAGGGACACUUCGGCACAGCCACAGCGGGAUCGAACCGGCAACCCUCCAACUGCCAGACGACUGCUCUUACCUCAUGACCCAAUGUCACCGCACAGUUUUCAGCUUGUCUUUAAAAAAAAAAAACAACAACAAAAAAAAACAUCUUUUCCACACAUUAUGCAAACCUGCUGUGAUUAAAAUGUGCUACUGUGACCACAGUGACAGCAGCCAGUGCAGACUGGACAGGAGACAAUCUAGCCCAAUUGAAGAGGGCCCUCUCCUUUGAUUGGUGGAUUUAGGUCGGGUGCUUAAUGGCUCUCGUGUUCUGAUUGGGCUGGUCCAUUCUUGUCAGCUGGGCUCUGUGUAUGUGAUUUAACUGGCACAGUACAAAAGGGGAAAUGGUUAUUAUUUUUUUAUUACUCUUUUCAAUUUUUAAUUUAAGCUGCUCUUCCAUCACCCACUUGCUUCAAUUAAUUGACUCUUUGCGCCCUUCUUGGGGCCAUGAGUAAUUUUUUUUUCCUUCAUAUUUGUCAUAUUCAGUAGUAUUUACACGUUAAUGUAAACAUGUGUGGAUCUUCUUGCCUGUAUUCCAGACAAAACUCCUAAUUUCCCACGGCUGUGGAGGGGCCUUUCAGAUAUAGAAAAUUCUCAGGCAUCGAUGGGUUUUCAGAUUUUAACAGCAUUUUUCUGCAAUGAUUGAAAUACACAUUUUACCCAAGUUUGGUAACAAAGCAAAAGUUUACACAUUUAAUUUAUGCAAUGUGCUUACCCAAUCAGCGUGCCUUUCACUCUAUUGUAGAAAUGUAGUCUGGCCUGAGAGAACAGCCAUAUCCAGGGCGGAAGACGCUGAACAGGGAAUGGCUGACCGAGGCUGGGUUCGAAACCGCAUACAGUAUGCAGCAUACAGCAUGCAGCAUACAAAAUACUACAUUUCAAUGAAAAUCAGGCUGAAAUGUAGUAGGAGUGGUAGAAGCAGUAUGCUAGUAUGCGGUUUCGAACACAGCCAAAGAGUUACGAGUCCUGUAGUGUCAGAGUGAUGUCACUGCCUGUUGAACAACUUUCUUCUGUUCCAUUAUCAAUCAUUACUAAUUAAUAUUUUGUGCUGGGUUAGGAGGGUUGGGAGGCGAUCCAAGUCAGAAAAUACAUUUGGUGUUCCUGUAAACAAACGCGUAAUUCAAAUCUUUGCCGAUAACAUCUUUGCCUGUCAGCAGCAGGAAUUGGAUGCCUUGGAUUAAAAGUAGGCUUUUCAAAUUAAUUUGUUGAAUUGCUUUCAUGAUGGAGUGAAUAUUACAUCCUAGGAAAAUCAGCAAUUGAUCCCUUUUUGGAAAAGUGGUGUCCAAAUGUCCCCUUCCUCAUGUGUUCCCUGUAGGGGCAGUGUUAUACUGUUGUCUUUGGGAAGGGUUUUAAGCACAUGAAGCCAAAUUUUUUGUUUUUUCACCAGCAUUUCAGUGCAAAUGUCAGCUCUCCAAUUUUGGAAAUGUAUCUGAAAUGUUUGCCAGUGGUUUGCGAGUGCGCUGUGUAGAAAACUCUUAAGUCUAAGAAGAACAUACUUCUUGUGUUUUCAGCCAGUCUCUCGUGUGUGAUCUAAAGAUCAAUGGUCUCAUAGAUCAGGAGAUGGGUGAGUGAGCUGGGCUAGUGGCCGUCCUGGCUGAAGGUUUAGAGUGAGAGAAUUUCACAAAGACUUCACUAUAAUCUGCUUCCAAAUGCAACAGUAGAGCAGUGUCAGUAGAGGGAACGGAUUUGGCACCACGCUGGAUAUGAGUGAAAUCAGACCACUUCCUUUGCCGGGUUCUCUGGCCUUAUGGCCGGCUACACCAUUGGGCAAACUGUACAUUGGAUGCCUGUUGGAUAUCCAUUGGAUAUCUCCUUUGAGACUUACUGACUCACACGUGACCUCACUGCAUUUUGCACCUUUCAGGAAUCUAAUGUUUGGAUUUCGUUUUAUAAAAAAAGCUCACUGACCUAUCAAUGUAAGGUUAAACAUGAAAUCCAAAAUGCGAGGAUUAGGUUUUUUGAAGACUCAUGUCAUGUACAGAAUGCAUCCGUUUGUAUUUCUGUACAGAAUAUGCUACAUCGCUUGUAUAUAAUGCAAUGAGCCACCCUUUGUACUGCAUGGUCUCUGAAAUGCAUGCGAUAUUAAAACUAGCAGUGGGAAAAACUGAAAUCUUCUUCCAUGCAGUAUGCAAGAUGCUUUAGAAAAUAUGAUUGCUAUAUUUCCACACAUUUUGGAUUUCCCAUUUUAAGCAUACACUUCCUCCCCAGAGGUGUUCAUUUUUAAUAUGUUUGUAUGUGGGUGGAGGAAAUAAAUUACUUUACUUUAACAACCAAAUUGCAUUUGGUUCAAAACAUACCAAUUCUGUAUGUAUGAAAAUAUUGUUGAACAAGUACACAUGCAAUACAUGUCAAAUUUUAAAUGACAAAAGGGUUAUAUUUGAAGGCAUAAAAUAAUUACAAUUUUGACUUUCUACCAAAUAGAAAUGGUAGGCAGAUGGCAGGGACCGAUAUCGCCCUCCUGCUCCAUACGGCAGUGAUAGUCUCUUAAGGUUCACUGCUGGUCUGCUUGUUUCACAUGUUGACAACCAUGGAGUGAGAUUUUUUCACUCAUUCAUUGUCUGAAUUAUUAUUAUUAUUUAAAUAUUAUUUGGUGGUGCGCAUUAAAAUUCUUCUUAAUAUACAAAGGGAAAUGUGUGUGUUUGUGUGCACAUAAAAUGUAGUUUAUCCAUGUUACCAGUUGGUUCUGCCUUGACUAUUUGCUUUUGUUCCCAAAUGUUAGUGCUCUUUUCAUAGUUAUCUUGAAAACUGUAUUUUUGGAAAUGGUCAUUUUUAAGCUGAAAUGUCAAAGCAAUAUAAAAAAUAUUAACAAUAUGAAGUAUAGCAAGGAAUUCCACUGGGACUUGACUCAAUGUUGGAUCAUUUGGUAUCUUUUCCAAUGUAUGUAAAUUAUGUAAAUAAUAAAUUACCUGCUUCCCUCAGCAAAA